AUGAUCGCAGUGGCUGAACAGAAGAUCCGUGAGGCACGGCUUCGCUUCCCUAGCGGCGUCAGAGGAACCAGAACGGCUGAAGGCGGAGGCUACGACAGGUCGAGCGACCUCCUCGAUCGAUCGAUCACAACCUGCCUCGCGGCACGACGAGCAGCGUCCUACCCUGCCAUCAUGCCUCUGCCAUACACCCCGUACAAGCUCGCGUCGGCAUCGCUGAUCGCUCCAGCUCCGCUUCUUGGCGCUCACAGCCAUGACGACGACACAGUCACAGUACCGACGCCUCAACAUCCUGCCGUCUCGGACGAGCCUGAACCCGUCAGCAUAGCCGCACAUCACGCGGUCGACGCGCGUCUCUACUUCCCGUCGUCCUCUUCGAGCCGAUUCGACGGCGGAUAUGUCCUGGCGCGCGUCGUAGCUGGAGGCAAAGAGCUCGAGCUGCGGUGGUCAAACCUUCAGGAUCAGCCUUCCACUCCUGCUGCAUCAUCCAAGGACCACUCCUUCUCAAACUCACUCCAUCCCAAACUCGCCUCAGAACCUGCGCGCACCUUCCUCUUCCCGGCACCAUUGCUGCCAGGACUCGGCAUUUUCGCGGACCCGGCCUCAAACCGACUUCACGUCAUUGCAGUCACCACGACGGGCUUCCUGUAUCGACUCGUCUUUGCGGCGCCGUACCUGUUCCACGACUCUCGCCUUGCAUCCGACUGGUCGUCCGAAUACCGCAUCCAGAGCAUCGCGUCCUCCGAGUCGGUCCUGGCUGCGUCACUUCGCGGCACAGCGAACGCGGCACAACUCUACCCCGUCGACUCCGGCCUCGCUCUCGUCACCUGCGCCGAUGGCACCAUCGUCAAGCUCAGCCGCUCCCUCUCGACAGGCAAAGACGCAAACGAUGGUGCAUGGAAAGAGACUGUCCUGCGUCCCACCUCGUUUCUCUCGGGCGUCUCGCGCUUCUUCGGCAGGUCCAACGCCGCUUCCGACUCCGAGUCGUCUCCCAGCUAUGCGCUCUCGCUCGACGUCUAUCCGGGUGAGGUCGGCAGCGCACUGGCAUUUGCUGCCAGCCGCGACCGAAAGCUGCGCGUGUGGAACCUCGUGACCGAUUCCUGCAUUCGCACCAUCGACCUGCCUCUCCAGAUGGACUCGCUCUUGUCCAGCGAUCGACAGCUCGUCGUAGCCGAGGACGACCACGGGGGCGCAUCGGACCCCUCCGACACCAAGGCCUUCUUCAGCACUGUCUCUCGCCCUUACAUCAAGGUCUUUACUCCAGGCGCAGAUGAAGGCGAUGGAUAUGCUCUCUACGUCCUCGCCUACAUUCCUGCUUCACCACCAUCUGGCAACUUCUUCGCCCUGUACGGCGUACAGCUCGAAGACGCAAAGGGAUCGUCGGGAGGCCUCGGCGAAAUGACGCUGCUCUGGCAGAAGCAAUGUGACGCUGACACAUGUGGCCGCAACGUCGAGCUGCGCGACGUGGCGUUCACGCCCCAAGGCGGACGCGAUGACGGCUGGGUCCUGUGGGCGCUGUGGGACGCAGGCGCCGGGCCGGUGCUCAAGUACGCCAAGGUUGGCAUCGAGUCGGCCAACCCAGACGAAAGCUCCAUGACCGUGCGAUCCACGGCUGAAGACCUCUCCAAAGACGACUGGCGCACCGUCGCAUCCGAACGAAUCUAUAGGCCCUUGCACGGAGAGGACUUUGAAGCAACGCUCGACGCCACAAAGGAGAUCGUAGACGCUGCUGAAAUCUUCCUCGACCGUGUUCUCGAGCCCGGCCGCUUCUCCGAAGCGACAUUACGGCUCGCACUCUCGACAUACAAGCAGGUGGUGGCCGAAUCGUCCCGACAGCCAUCCACGCUGUUUGCGAGCUUGAGGGACGAGGUUGCCGCAGUGGUGGCGAGCGGAUGCCAGCUCGAGAACGAUCCACGAACGGGCGGUCCGAUGUACGAGAAGCUGUAUGCUGCGCGCGUCCGCGAGUGGAUGCGCUUCGUUGGCUUGGCCGAGCAAAUCGAGACCUCGGCAAGGUGGCCGAUCGGCCUCUCGCUUCCGGCGCCUGCGCUGGACGCUGUGGCAGCAUGCGGCGACGUUGUCGUUCCGCUUAUCGUCAGCCGCGACACCAUCGCGCUCCCGGUCAACGAGGACGAAGCAAGUAUCAUCGAGCGUUUGCAAAGGCGCCUCUUCGCCGCGUCGGGCAAAUCGCGCCUUGGUGGCGCUCCAAGUGUCGACUCGGCCAAGGAGGAGCGCGCUCUUCUCAUUCACGCGGCGGACACGCACCCGACCACCAUCCUACCGACCCUAGGUCGAACCUCUGCCACGGUGGCCGAGGUCCUCACCCUGCUGGAAUCUGCUGCCGACCUGUGUGCCUGCUUCACAGCGCCAGAGCUCGAGGCCUUCGCUGCCGGGCUCCAGAACCUCCUAUCGAAUCCAUUGACGAUUUCAGUCAAGGAAGCUGUUGCCGAGAUUUGGACCAACAACUUUGCGGCGCUCGGCGGCGAGGACGCAAGCGAAAUAGUUGCGCGCGUCGCAUCUGAGCUGGGCGCCAGCCUGGACAGCACCUUGACCGACAUGUCGGUGCUCCUCAGCGAAGUCGCCAGCGAAUCAGAGCGUGCUUCUUCGGCGUCGCCCGUCGCCUCUACCGACCUUGGAUCAGCAUGGACGGCCGACGCGCUCGCGCAAACCUUGGCAUCGCGACAUCGCCUCGCGGUCUCCUUCCUGCUCCUUCUCACUGCUCUCGCAGCUCAAGAUAGAAUGGCCGACAUGGUGGAGAACGAGAGCACGCAGAUCGCUGCGGCGCUCAGCAUCUUCCAGACGCUCGGCGCAGCGCUGCAGCUGGCACGAACUGAUGGAGCUGUGCAGGUCGCGGGCGACGCCACCGACGCUGCCGAGGCCGACUCGAUCGUGGCCAAGCUCAACCAGAUGUCGGUCGCCGGGCGCAAGAGCCGCGAGCCUCACCACUUUGCCGCACCCACUCUCCUGCACCAGUGUGUCCGAGAUGAACUCCUUCGGCUCUCGAGCUCAGCCUCACGGGACAGCGGCCUGGCUCUGCCGCUCAAGACAGCUGUGCUGGGAGGCCUGUGGUCUCUUGGUCUGUCAGAUCUGCGCGACUCGUUGGCCGCCGGCGGCAAGCCGAUGCUCCCGUACGCGAAUGACCGUCACAACUCGAUCGCGUUUGCCAUCCUCGUACAGGGAUACCCAUCGGCAGCCGAGAUACUGCUUUCGAGCUUCCCGGAGACUGCUGCCGGAGAGUAUGUACGCGCACGAGCAUUGGUACAGAUGCAGAGACUCGAUGAAGCAAGCACCUGCUUCGAGAAGGUGGUCAGCGCGCUCGAGAUGCAGAUGCACCAGCGUGGUCGCACGUCCGGUGGGCUGCUGGAGCUGCUCCCUUCGUCGAUCGCGUCGGCGGAAGGCGAGGAGCGCGUAGCGGCUUACUAUCGCCACGCAGCGCUCUUCUUCGAGCCGCUCGAGGCGCUGGAGCACGUCAUCAGGUUCUGCCAGGCGAGCAUUGACGCUGUUGGCACGUAUGCGGACAAGCGGAUCGUCAAGACGGGCUCGCCAGCCGCCGAUGCCGAGGCGAACAGGCUCGCCGGGCCCAAGGAGGUUUGGUUCAAGAUCUUCCGCUGCCAGCUGGCGCUGGACGACUUUGAGGCGGCGUACGCCACGAUCAUGGCAACGCCGUACGAGGGGGUGCGCAAGGACUGCCUGCGCAACCUGGUCAGCGUCAUGUGCGAGGAGGGCCACAUCCAGCCGCUCCUGCACUUCACCUUCCCAGGGCUCCAGACCGAAGUUGAGAGGACGCUCUCGUUCAAGGCGCGCAACUCAGACCCGCUGUCGGUGCCGAACUACUACUCGGUGCUAUACUCGUAUCACGUAUUCCGCGGCGACCUCAAAUCGGCGGGCGCAGUCAUGUACCAGCACGCGGAGCGAAUGGGCGAGCUGCAUAGGGCGGCUUCGGCGGGGCUGGAUGGAACCGACCCGCUGGAGCGCUUCACGGUGGUGGCCGUUGAGCAGGCACAGAGCUACCUGGCAGCGAUCAACGCGCUCACCAUGCUGAGGCACGAGAAUGCAUGGUUCGCACAUGCCGCCGAUCCGGAAGAGUCGGCGGCUGGCAGCGACUCGCUGUUCGAUGCAGCGGCCUCGGUGCGCACAGGCGCCGGGAGCAAGCAGACGAGCAGCCUCACGCGAUACAUCCCAGCGGCCGCGUAUAGCCAGCGCGUGCGCGAGAUCCGCGUGGUAUCGGUCGAAGACGUGCGCCGCGAGUAUACGCUUGCACUGGCUCGUUUGGAGCUGGUCAAGAGGUAUCCGGAUCUGGCGUACUCGACGACGGUGCUGCGCCCGUCGGAUGCGGUGCUGCUGUUUGUCAACAGCGACUCGUUCGACUCGGCGUUCGGCAUGGCGUGGUGCCUGGGCGUGGACAUGACGCCCAUCUUUGCGGCACUCACCAUCAAGGCCGUUGCCCUGACCCGCGCCAAGGUCGAGCGCGACCGACUCAAGCGACCCGCGGAGAGCACGCGGGUGAACGGCGACAAAGCAGCGGUGGACAACGAGGAUGUGCAUCCCGAGAUCGCCGAGCUGGAAGAGGCGGAUGCGGAUCUACUGGAGCCCGAGGCGGUGUUCCUGACGCUGUCUGAAAAGUCGGCGAGCUGGGAAGGUGCGGCGGCCGAGCGUGCGUGGCGAUACGUGCGCCACCACCUCGAGAUGUACGACUCGGAGGAAGACGGACGAUACUACCGCGUGGUGCUGGCGCGCGUUUCGGCGCUGGAUCACACUUCGCUGCCUUCGUGGCUCACGGAAUGGUUCAGCCGCACCGGCAACAGCGACGUGCUGCUCCGCGUUUGGAUCGACAACGGACUCAUCGUCGAAGCGGCACGCUUUGCUACCAAGUGGCUCCAGGAUGCGACGUCGCAGGCGUCGAGCCUGACACGUGCUUACGAGCAGUGCAUCUCGAACCACAUUCUCGAGCGGCUGCUCAUCAAUCUCGACGACAAGAGCGGCGUCAUCUUGUCGCCGAGGAAGAAGGAAGCUGCCGAGGCGAGGAGUGCGCUGGAGCAGGCGCGCAAGAAGCAUGUCGACGCGCUUGCGACUCGAUCCAAGACGCUCAAGCGCCAGGCGGAGCAGGAUGCCUUGCGCCAGGAGAAGCGCCGCGAGCAGCAGGGCGACUCGGCAUCCCUCGGCCGAUCCACUACCGGCCUCCGGGCAUUCUGA